UUAAACAUAGUAACAGUGGUUAAGUAUUCGAGAUGAAAUGCUUAUUAACUCUCUUUUUUUGCUUUGUUUGUUUAAGAAAUGCCAAAAGUCAAUAUCCAUUUAAUAUGUCGGAGUAUUUGCAAAUGCCGCCGCUCUAUCAAUUGGAUGACUACGACGCCUGCCUACAUUAUUCAAAUAAGCCAACGAAAACUUACUGCGUAGUUUAUGCAGAAAUAGUACCGGAUCCAUUUUCCAAGGCAUGGCAAAGGGUUGAACAUUUUUCUGUAGACUUCAUGCAAAGAUAUCGACACGACCGGCUCUUUAUGGGCGUUUGUGUAGAACGCUGUGAAAGUGUAUGGCACGGCUUUAAUAUAUCUCAACGGCAAGUUUUCAACAGUGGCCCAACUGACGACGCAGCUCUCAAGGAGUAUUACGACAAUGUGCACAUACGUUCGACUAAGGAACGACAGCAAUAUGAGGUUAUCUUAAACGUCUGUUUGAACUACGAAUUCCAACAGAAAUACCAACUGCAAAUAAAAACAAACAUUGAAUAUUGUCAGAGCAGCGAUGAGGCAAUAGAUAAAGAUGCACUGGAUUAUACACUAUACUUUAUAUUUCUAAGCAUUGCUCUUUUCAGUGUAAUGAGCACAAUUUACGACUCUCAGUUGAAGGCAAAAGCUGCGACUGAAAAGCAGCAGUUCUUUUACGAAACCGAACUCACUUCUACUGCUCAGCGAUAUCUAACUUCAUUCUCAGUGUGUCGCAAUUUCAAACGACUCACUGCAAGCCCAACUGGAAAGACUGCAAACGACUUGAAGUUUCUGAACUUUGCUCGCGUAAUACCGGAGUUUGUCAUAAUAUUUGGUCACACUGCUGGAUAUUUUAUGAGUGUACAGGUUUCCAAUACAGAAUUUGUGGAAAAUUUUAUACAUUACGAAAAAACAUCUUUCCUUGAAAACUAUACUGCUGUAAUAGUGCAAAUUUUCUUCAUCAUGAGCUCAUUUCUUUUAACACUACUCUUCAAUAAAAGGAAUCCUAUAACACCUAAUAGCGGUUUCAAAGAGUGUGUUAAAGCAUACUUCAAAAUCUUCAUAUAUCGAUAUUUACGCUUAGUUCCCACAUUGGCGCUUGUUUUACUUUUCAAUGCUACAUUGAUGCCACGUCUUCACAACGGUCCAUUCUGGCGCCAUCUAACGGAAGCAGAACGCAUUUUUUGCCGUCAGAACUGGUGGAAAAAUAUUUUUUUCGUCAACAAUCUGACAAUGGACAAAAGUUGCACUCAGCACUCCUGGUAUAUAUCAGCAGAUACUCAAUUAUUUGCAAUAUUUCUCUUUGUGCUAAUUUUCAAUGCCAGAUAUCCAAAAAUGAAAAAAAUUAUUUACACUUUGCUGCUCAUCUCCGCAAUAGCAAUACCUGCCUUUAUAGUCUACCACAAAAACAUUGAUCCCAUUAUGCGCAUAAACCCUGAAAUAUAUCGUUACAUGUUCUUCAAAGGUGUAAAAACUUUCUACGAAAUCCAUAUACCAUUCUACACUCACUUGGGCGCAUAUAUAUUAGGUAUUAUUACAGCAGAGAUCUAUAUGAAACUUCAGAACCAUAUGCAGAGUAAAUCUUAUCGCGGUGUUUGGUGGACUGAACUUUGUUGGUUGACACUGUUCAUAACUCUCAUUUCAUUUCCAUUUGUGGGUGUUAAUUUAACGAACAAAUCCUCUUUGUGGUUGGGUUUGUAUGCGGGUCUAUAUAAAAACGUAUGGGCUUUGUUUUGCUGUCUGAUUUUAAUUAGUACUUGCUAUAAGCUAGGAGGUAUAUUAUAUGAUUUGCUUUCCUCAUCGAUUUUGCAACCUUUGGCUAAUAUAUCUUAUCAAGCAUUUUUGUGGCACGUUCUUGCUCUGCACCUACUACUCAGCUAUUACCGUCAACCCAUGUACUUAAAUACACCCAUUUUGGUCUAUUUUGUCAUACUUUCACUUUUAAUAACAAAUUUGAUUGCAUUUUUUAUGACAAUUUUUGUAGAAUAUCCUAGCACAGAAAUAGUUAAUUGCCUAUGUCGGAAAAGUAAAGAUAACUUUGGCAGAAGAAAUAACAAGAGUCCGGUUACAAGUCAUCAAGAUUAAUACAAUGAGUUAAAUCUAUGUUUUAAAGAAAAUAUACAAUAUUCUAAUAGAUUUUUAUUAUGGCAAACAUAUUUUGCA